AUGAACCUCUUCCAGGAGAUCCUGCCGGGAGUGCGAGAGGUCCUGAGCAGGGCUUCGGCCUUCCAGAUUCAGGCCCUGCUGGACCUCAUGUCCGAAUCGGGCAUCAUCUCCAGGGAAUACCUCCAGACUUUGCUCCACGAGAAAGACAGGGAGGAUCUAGCGAGGAAGAUCUGCUUGACUCUGGUGGGAAGGCAGGACUUGCUUCCGGACUCCUUUGCGCCUCAGGGUCACCUGCAGUUCUGUGGCGACAACCGAGGAGAUGCGUGGGAAGCGAAAUCGGCCAGGACUAGAAGCUUGGGCGAUACCAUGAUGGGCUCGGAGGUCCUACUUGCGAAAGGUUACCUGGACUUGCUUCAAAGUGACUUAGACCCGCAGCUGCUGUACAAGAACAUCGAAGAUGACCUUUCCACAGGCCACGCUCCUGAUGUGGGUCUCGAGGACCAGGACAACAACUUGGAUCUCUUUUACACGGUGGAAAAUGAUGGGACUGGGGAAGAGGUCUGCCUGUGUUCCAAUCCGGGAGAAGCCUAUGAGAAAAUCGCUGAACUCGCAGAAUAUGUGCUGAAGGACAAGCCGGAAGAACCCGUCAAAGACCUUUUUGGAAGCCUUAAUCAAGAUGAUGCUGUGACUGACGGUUGUUCCGAGCCAAAGACACAACGACGUAGCUGUUCCGAUGCUCCAGAACCGAAACGCCAGAAACUUGCACAUUCACCAGGCCUCUGCUCCAGAAACAGUAGCCCGGCAGCAUUUCCCCUGGACGCGUCUCCGCCGGAGGCCAUCUCUCUCUCCAACUUCCACGUGCAGUUUUCCGUGACCACCAUAAGCCCCAUGGGCAGGCUUCCAAAGAUAUUCGGGCCUCCCGACCCGGUGCUCGAUACGGAAGGUAUUCAGAUGUUCCUGGCCUUUCUGCCUCCUUCUCCACAGCUGGAUUUCCCGCUUGGACCGGCGAUGUGGGACAACAAUGUCUAUCUGGUGGAAGACGCAGUUGAAGAAGCGCCCGAGAUCCUACCGCUUCCUUCUGAGAAAGCUGACAAAAGACCAGAGAGCGUGGAUGCCUUUUCCAGGCAGCUGAAAACCUCCCUGGGGGAAAGGUGCCGCUUUGUGCCCGCGGAGCGAGACGUCCUCAUGGACCGCCUCUACGUCGAAGGCGACCUCCUGCGACGCCACGCUGAGAACCGGAGCGGGAGAAAUGCCGACCUCAGGGCCGGCGACCUCGAAGAGAAGGAGAGGACAACGGUGGAGAGCCUGUUCCAGACGCUCGAGAGGAACGAACUCGGGGCCAACAAGGCGGCUCUCGUCUUGGGGAAGGCCGGGAUGGGGAAAAGUCUCCUAGUCCAAAAGAUCUGUCUGGACUGGUCCAGCGGCCGGUUUGCCCAGUUUGAGUUCGUCUUCCGCUUCGAUUGCCGGCGGCUGAGCCUGCUCCAGGGGAAACGCUACAGUCUGAGGCAGCUGCUCUUCGAGUUCUCCGUCGACCCUCAAGAAGGAGGGGACGGCGACGUCUACCGGUAUCUGCUGCAGAACCCUGACAGGGUCCUCCUGAUCUUUGACGGCUUUGAAGAGCUGCAGGACCUAGAGGGCUUCUCCCUGUCUUCCGACAGCCUGACCCGUAAGGAGCCCUGGGGCAUCGGCGCAGUCCUCGGCGGUCUCUUCCAGAAGAAGGCACUCAACGGUUGCACCCUGUUGCUCACUUCCCGGCCCAAAGACAAGUUGCACCAGUAUUUGCCCAGGGUGGACAAGGUCCUGGAGGUGGUGGGGUUCUCCCCGCAGCAGGCCGAAGUCUACCUGGCCAGGUAUUUUGAAGGGUGCCCCUACUGCGGAGAUGCACGGGACCUCAUCACAAGCGCAACUUAUCUUUUCAGCUACUGCCACAAUCCCGACCUGUGUCGGAUCAUUUGCCUCGUCUGCAAAUCUGCCUUCGAAGCCGGAGACGGAGAACUGCCUUCCAGUCUCACCGGCCUUCUUGUCAGAUUCCUCCUUCAAAAGCUGGGGUGUGCAGCUGAUGAAGGAACGUCCCCAAAGCACGGGAACAUCUCCACCUUAGCCCAAAUUGCAUGGUCUCUGGGACAAGGCCCGCAGCAGGCGCCGACGAGUGUGCGGUUCCCCUCCAUCCAAGACAAGGAAGCGGCUUUGAAAUGUGGGAUCAUGGAGCCCCUGGCGUCAAGCGAUGGCGGGGAAGAAUGCGGUUAUGCGUUUUCUAGUUUCGUGGUGGAGAAUUUCUUGGCGGCCCUGCAUCUGGUCCUCGCCAAAGAGAUUAAGGACAAAAGGCUCACCAAGCACCUCUGGGUGCCGUCCAAGCCCAAGAAGUCUCUCUGCUCGUGGGACUUGGUGCCUCGCUUCCUGGCCGGGUUGCUCUUCUUCCGGGAUGACCGGAGCUCUUCUUCCCUCUUCGGAGAGGAAGGGGAGGUGGACCCAGAGAAAAUGAUCGCCAAGAAACGGAACAGCCUCUGCAGGUACAUCCGGAAGCUUGAGAUGGAGAGUUUCGGCCCGGACAAGCUGCUGGAGGUCUUCCACUGCGUCCGCGAGACGGAAGACCCGUUUCUUCUGCAGCACUUGGCCCUGAGGGUCAGGCCGGCCCUCUCGUUCUUUGGCUUCCCCUUCACCCCUCCGGAUGUCUACGUCCUGCACUCCGUCUUGAGAAAAGCCAACAAGGAGUUUGCUUUGGACUUGAGAAGGAGCUCUGUGGGUUCGGAAGGACUCGGGCGCUUGGUCUGCCUCCAGAACGUCACGUCGUUCAGGGCGCCACUUGGGGACACCGUUCAGCUCUGGGAGCGCUUGUGGGAGACGGCGGGAGGCGAGCGGCUGCGGUCAGCCGUCGAGAAAUUCGUCAUCGAUCCUUUCAAAGCCCAGACGGUGAAGGACGUGGAUGACCUCUCUGCCCUUGUGGACAUGCAGGAGAAAAUGAGACGCAGCAAAGUGCUGGUCCUGGCUUUCCUGAAGGGGCUUCUGACGAGCCGGGAAGGUAUCUGCAGGGAACACCCUUUCAGAGACAGCGGCUGCAACCAAAGGAGGAGGCGUGGCUUGGAAGCGCCGUACUUGUUGCGCGAGGCGGGCCCAUCCGGUUGCGACGUCGUCCGCGAAGUUCCGGCCGUGGUGGAUCUUCGACACCUCGAAUUUGCGUUGGGACCCACCUGUGGACUGAAAGGAUUCAAAAAAUUGGUGGAGAUUCUGGGCGCGUUUCCAGCUCUCCGGCAUUUGGACUUGGAUUCUCAAAAGGAGAACGAAAUCGGGGACGAAGGCGCGGCGGCCCUCAGCGACGUGCUUCCUGCCUUACGCUCCCUGGAAACACUGAACUUGUCACAGAACAAGAUAACUAACAUGGGAGCAGAGAAGCUAGCCAAUGCUCUUCCUUCUCUGCCUUCACUCAGGACGCUGAGCGUGUACAACAACAGCAUUGGUGACGCUGGAGCAGAAAACUUUGCGAAAGUGCUCCCGGAACUGACCUCUUUAAGAGUGCUGAACGUUCAGUGCAACAAGAUCACCGCAGCAGGGGCCCAGCGUCUGACCGACAGCCUGAGGAAAUGCCCCCACAUACAGAGCGUGGCGCUGUGGAACCCCAAGAUCCCCCACGGAAUUCUCAAGCACCUUCGGCAGCUGGAUUCUCGAAUCAGAUCGCUCUAGGGCCAGGCAUCCGUCCCGGGCGGACAAGGAACUGACAUUGCCUGUGGUGCUUCCUCCACAAGAGAACGAGCUCUCCUCCAUUCUGCUGCUUCCCCAAGGACCCCCGCCUGGGCAGCAAGUCCAGGCCACCCGGCGUCCUUUUAAAAACACUCUUUGGAAUCAACUGAGGGAGCUCAUUCUGUUCCUGACAAAGAAUGGAAGUUGGAGUUCUCACAGAGCACCAAGCUGGUGGGGGAGAUUUCCUCGUUAACCGCUGCUCUUUUCCUGCCAUCCCAUCGUCUUCACGGUCCUGGCGGCCCGAUGUUUUGCCCCAGUUCAUGAACUCUUUCUAAAAUCUUAUCUGUUCUUAGGGGGAUUCUCCUACCUGCGGCCUUAUUUCUACCGACAGACAAAAAUGAAAUCCUGAC